AUGUCUUCCCAUCAACCCCAACCCACCCCGUCCCCGUCCCCGUCCCCGCGAUCCCCGCACCACCUCCACCCUUCCGUGCGCCGCUCGCGCACCAACCCCAUCUCCAUCUACGCCUCCCCCGCCUACAAACCGUCCACCACUCCCACCACCACCCCCCCGGCCUCCCCGCGCCACGCUUGCGCCGCGUCUUACGGCGUCUACGUCGACGCCCCCUCCGACGCCCCCGCCAACGCCCUCCGCACCCACGUCUCGGAGCCACUCCAGUCGCCCCACCAAUCGCGCCGCGCCGCCUCCAUCGCCGCCCUCGCGCACGCCAUCCGCCUAAGCCACUCGCUCCCCGCUCACCCCGUCGAGAUCGUCCUCGACGACAAGGACGUCGCGGACCACUUCAACGGCCACGCCAACUCGUGGCGCGACCGCGUCAAGGCCCGCCGCGCCGACAACGUCUGGCGCCCCGUCGCAGACCUCGUCGCCGAGCACGGCGACCACCCCGUCGUGCUCCACGUGCGCAGCGCCACGCACGCCUUGUCCUCCCCGGUCAGAAAGGCAAAGGAGCUCGCCUUGCAGGCCAUGGGAAAACACGCCUUUUGCAGGCUGUGCCAUCGCAACUACGGACGCGCUGGUGCGGUGCAUGAGUGCCAUCCGACGUGCUCUACCCCGCCGUGCCACGGCGUGCGGUUCCAGAGCGUGCAGGAGUAUGAAAGGCAUGUCGAGGAGCGGCAUCCGAUCGCUGUCGUGUUUCCGGAGGACGGGAAAUUGGUCGUCGCAAGUCCCAAGAAGGACACUACGUGCCCCGAUGAGAAUUCGGCAGACAAUAUUGAGGUCUUGACUUGCCCGUCGUGCAAGGCGCCGUUCGUUGACCUUGCCGCUUUCGAAGCACAUAUCGAGAAGGAGUGCCCGGAGGCGCUCGCGCAUUGGUAUUCGCAGACCACGAUUGUCAAGGAUUGAAAUAGUUUGUGCAAACCGUAUUUAUCCAGCAGUAACUGUUCAAAACGUCAACACGGAUUAGGGCCCUUUUUGUAGGUGGCCUCAACGUGUGUAGAAGAAUCGCACAACUUUGCUUGUCGUUCUUGAACUUGUGCUUAUCUUAGUUCUCUUGUAGAAUCCCUCUCAGUUUGGAUCCCUUAGAGUACAGAGUUCUGGCUUCAAAGGCUUAAUAUAAGUUUUGACCAAGGAAAUAAACGUGCACGCCCUGUGCCACGCCACUCGGACCC